AUACUGCUAUGUCCUGGGUGCAUCAGUGUGCGUUCAGGCGGCUUUGACGGCAGAAACAAGGCCAGCGAGCGCUCUCAUUGGAGCAGAGGGGAAGCCGAGGCGAGGUGCCAUUGGUUGGUCGGUCUCAAACUCCAUUUUGCGAACAGCUGUUUGAGAUGUAACCUCGCCCACAUGCGAUUGCAAUGGGGUUGUCAAAGAGACCACGGGCUUGACGACGCUGGUUGUCUCGACGUGCUGGAUCCUGCGCGCUGGGAACGACGAGUCGCCGCAUGUCGGAAAGGGGAGGCGAAAUCGACCCUCCGAGAGGAGACGCUCCGGCUGCGUGGUAACAAGUGGAAGAGAUUUCAGGCGAAUGAAGGUGGAAUGAGAAGACAGGUCAUGGGCAGAUGAUGGACGUUGAGUCAUCAUACUCGGAUUUCAUUAAUUGUGAUCGCACAGGCCGCAGGAACGCAGUGCCGGACAUUAAGGGCGACGGAACAGUGGUGGGCACUAGCGAACUGACCAAAGACAUGGCUCAGAUGGACCUGAAGGCAGCAGAAGCCGAUGCUGACGGGGCUCCUGCCGCCGAAGCGGAAGCCUCGAGUAGUCAGGAGCCAGGUAAAGAAGGAGCGUCUUAGAAGAUGAAGGAGCUUAAAAGAGGAGAAGCACCACCUCCUCUGUCAUUCCAGCACACUGUGUGCGGUGAGGAGCUGCUCUGAGACUGGGCGUGUUUCAUGUGCCUGAACGCUCUUGCGUCCCUGAGACUCCUGGAGAAACCACUAUUCAGAAAUGGAUUUGCCAUGUACAACACCACACUCCAUGUUGCGUUAUUCCUUCCGUUCCUCACAGGAAGCGGUGACUUUUUUGAUGCCUUUUCCAUCUUGAACAUGAAUUAUGUAAAAAAAAUUAAAAAAAAAUAAAAAAACAAGACCUUUGGUUUAGAACUUGUAUGAUCUCGAACCAAGGAGUGCACCAAAUACCACACAUGCUGAAGAUUCUGCAUUGGUUUGAUAGAUUUUUUUGUUUGUUUUUUUAAACCGUAAAAGGCAUAGUUGUAACAAACUGGGAAACUAUUUAUUUCCUAAUAUUCCCUGAGGUGAAUAGUUUUGUGUUCUGUACUACAUUAUAUACUUUACAGUGUAUGUAAUAUUAACAAUAUUUAUAUAGUACGAGUCCAAGCUUUCUGCUCACUCAAUUUGUUUGCAUUGUUUUCUCUUUCUAUUGUAUGUACCUCAAUAAAUGGGAAUGACGACAA